AUACUAUGUCGCGAAAUAAUUUCAAAUAAGUCAAUUCAAAUAGAGUUUAAUCCCGAUUAGAUUAUUUGAACAAGGAAAAGUCUGAAAUUUUCAUGGAACUUUCGUUUCCAUUUUCUUGGAAGUAGGAACUAAUUUUGUAGCAUCCAUUUACUAUUCUAUUCUAAGAAGUAAAUUCAACUUUUUGCAGCAUCCCAGUAGAAGGAUGAACAAUAUCACAUAUAAGUUUUCUUUAUAAUCAAAAAAGGAUUGCACGUCUCAAAGAGUUCAUAAGAUCUUAAUAUCUUUUAUUCAUUUUCCAGAAGCCAAGCCAAACAUACAAUCAAUCUUUCAAUCAGUAAGUGAAUAAUAACAGUAAUGAUGGCUGAUAGGAACCAACACCCAACAUUGACACAAAAGUUUGUUACAACUUCCUAUGGAGGUUUGGAAAGACAUGUUCUGUUUAAUCAAAAAAUUUCAUCAAAAAACUACACAAAUGCAGGGUUGCAGCAGUAUUAUCCUGUGUUUGUUCCUUCUCCAUCAGAGAAAAACUUUGCAAGCUUUGCAACUGAUUUUCUCAUGGGUGGAGUUUCUGCUGCAGUUUCAAAAUCUGCAGCUGCUCCUAUUGAACGUGUGAAGCUUCUGAUUCAAAAUCAAGAUGAGAUGAUAAAGGCGGGGCGGCUUUCCGAACCAUAUAAGGGAAUUGGAGAAUGUUUUAGUAGAACAAUCAAAGAUGAAGGAUUUGCUUCACUUUGGAGAGGAAACACUGUCAAUGUUAUCCGUUACUUCCCAACACAGGCUUUCAACUUUGCAUUCAAAGACUACUUUAAGAAGCUAUUUAACUUCAAGCAAGAUAAGGAUGGAUAUUGGAAAUGGCUUGCAGGUAAUGUGGCAUCUGGUGCUGCAGCAGGAGCUUCAUCUUCAGUAUUUGUUUACUCGUUGGAUUACGCUCGAACACGCCUUGCGAGUGAUGCGAAGACAACGAAGAAAGGUGGAGAGAGGCAAUUCAAUGGCCUUAUUGAUGUGUACAAGAAGACAUUAAAAUCAGAUGGUAUUGCUGGUCUUUAUCGUGGAUUCAAUGUUUCAAUUGUUGGAAUCAUGGUUUACCGUGGUUUGUAUUUUGGAAUGUAUGAUUCUUUUAAGCCAAUCCUCUUAGUAGGAAACUUACAGGAUAGUUUUGUUGCUAGCUUUGCUCUAGGAUGGCUAGUUACAGUUGGUGCUAGUGUUGCAUCUUAUCCUUUAGACACUGUUCGUAGAAGAAUGAUGAUGACAUCAGGUGAAGCUGUCAAGUACAAGAGUUCUUUUGAUGCUUUCUCACAAAUUGUGAAAACUGAAGGUCCAAAAUCUCUUUUCAAAGGUGCUGGUGCUAACAUUCUUCGAGCUGUUGCUGGUGCUGGUGUUCUUGCAAGCUAUGAUAAACUUCAGGUUCUUCUGCUUGGAAACAAAUAUGGUUCUGGUGGAGCUUAAUUAAUUAUCAACAAGAAGCAUAAGAUGAUGAUGAAAAAGCCAACAAAUAAAUCAGUUUAGAUUGUUUCUUUGGAGAAAAAUAAUCCCCUUUUUCAAUAUAUUAUGUAUAUGUGGUUUGCUGAAAUUUUCUUCGAUUUUAUUGGUUUAAUAGUAAAUUAUUGGCAAAAAAUAGAUAAUGUUGUAUUAUUGGUAUUGUAAAAUAACAAACGACACAUUUAAAAUAUAAAAUGGAUGAAGUAUAUAAAUUUUGAUCAA